AUGGAAAAUCCAAAAUUAUUCUACAGCUACAUAAGAAGCAGCACACGAAACAGAGAUCCAAUCCCCCUCCUGAAGACUAGCGGAGACGUAGAGAUUAGUGAGGAUGGAGAAAAAGCUGAGCACUUUUCACAAUUUUUCAAAUCCAUCUUUACUAGUGAAAGUCCAUUUACUCCCCCCGACUACGACUUCGAUGAGGGUCCAAAAAUCGAGUCUGUGUCUUUUGAUGAAGCGACGGUUCGCAAAGAGCUAAUGACGCUAAAUAAGUCGAAAUCACCAGCUCCAGACGACAUACCGCCUAAGUUACUGAAGGAGCUCGCUGCCGAACUAGCCAAACCAUUGUCCAUGCUUUUCCAAGCCUCGUUCGAAGCCGGCGGCUUGCCCACCGACUGGAAAUCUGCGCGGAUCACACCACUGCAUAAAGGAGGCAGCAAGGCCUCUGCAAACAAUUACAGGCCAAUGAGCCUCACUUCCAUCUGCUGCAAACUCAUGGAGAAAAUAAGCAAGCGAGAGCUGAUGCGCUUCCUAGAGCAGCAUAAUUUAUAA